AUGUUGCAAUCGGGAUAUGCAGCAGCAUGGCCAAGUCUCAACAGCAUCAAAGACCCAGCGCUCCUUUCCAAGUCCUGCGCACCACUUGACAAAACCCCCAUAUCUGCGGCGCCUACAUAUCCGUUGGAAUUAGCUAAUUUUCCACCAAAGACGUGUACUAUAUGGGUAUUUUGCCAUUCCGGCGGCCUCACCCUCUCGCGCGGGAGGGACAAGCAGCCCAGCGAUCAGGGGUUCCACAGUGCCGACGGCGUCGGGAGCACCACCAAGUCGACGCUGCCUGCCUCUUCCAACACCCUCCCAGCCCAAGGCAGCGCCCGACCAAAGCCCUCGGAAAUGAACUGGCUCAGAUCCCGUCCGGACACAAGCUGGAUCUCCGCCGGCCCGGCAUCGUCGUUCCCGAAUCUGGGCGAAGACGCCGACAGCCUCAUCCGGCCGCGGCUCUGCGACGCCCAGCUCACGCCAGGGUGCAAAAUCUUCCACGUCCCCAAAGACCAGCCCUCGCAGGCAUCCGAGAUGCACGUCUCCCCCGAGAGUCUGGAGUCGCCUGUCGUGAGAGACGAGCUGAAAGAUCAAGUCCUGGUGUUUCAGUACCGAGGCAACUUCCACGCAGUAGACCAUUCGUAUCCUCUAUCGAAUGGGAUCCCGUUCGACAUUGAGGAUUUCGGAGUUGUCCUUAGUGCUGGGCUGUCGUGCCCGAAACACGGCUGGUCGUUUGACCUGUUUACUGGCACGGCGGACCGCGCCGCUUACAAGCUUGCCGUCUGGGAGGUUCAAUUGCGCGACAAGGAUGGGGUCACGGUCGUUGAUCGCAGAGGGGGUGAUGAUGUGAACGCUCGGGAUAGGACGGUAUGGGUGAGACGGAAGCCUAGAAUGGGCUGA